GUGGUACUUUGUACAGACAGUAUUCUCCUGUUUGCUGGAUUUAGGUUUGGAGAUAAACUCUAUAUUGGUAUUCUGGCAUCUGGAUGCAGAUAGUAUCAGAUAGUAUCUCCUUCACAUGUGGUGGUGUUUCUGGGCUGUUUCUGCUCCUGACUACAACACACCUGUUAGUUUUGAGUGUAGGGAGAAAAUUGAAAAAUGUCUGGUCGGUUUUCAUGAUACUAGUUUUCACUUUGAAUAAUAAUGAUACGGAUGAUGGAAUGUGUAUCAUCAGAAAGAUCUCUCUUUAUUUGCUGUUUCAGAUGUCAGUCCAUACUCAAUUGGCUAGUUAGGCUGUCACUCUGUGCUGUGGGUACAGUCCUAUCCUCUUGACGUGUUAGAGAAGUACAGUAUAUGUCCUUUCAUGCCAAUAAAACUUUUUUGUGUUUCGAUGUAUAUUUGCGGGAGAUAGAACGGUGGGUACAGAGAGUGGUUAAGGCUUUGAGGGUGACUAGGUGAGUGGGUUAUGCACAACAAAGAACGGGAAAAAAGUUCCGUAAGAAAAGAGCGAGAGCGAAAGGGGAAAGGCCCUCUGUCUUUCACACGCACACACACACUGUGUGACUGACAGAGCGCUUGAGCAGUGACUAGCGGAGACUCUGAGGCCUAAACAUGCUGAAGGCGCACUAAGAUAGUCACUCUGCAAGAGAAAGGACAGACAGAGAGAGAAGAGAGGAAAGAGAGAGCGAUCAAGACAGUGACAGUGACAAUUUGACAGUGAUUGUGAAGUGAGGGUGAGGGUGAGAACAAGAAAGAGAGAGAGAAAUAGAGUUUGUGAAAGUGGGACAAGAAGACAGAAGUGGAGUGAAGAUGAUGCGAGCUCAGAUUGAGGUGAUUCCCUGUAAGAUCUGUGGUGAUAAAUCAUCAGGAGUUCACUAUGGAGUCAUCACCUGCGAGGGCUGCAAGGGUUUUUUCCGGCGUAGCCAGCUGCCGUCCGUGUCCUACUCCUGUUCCAGACAGAGUAACUGUCCUAUAGACAGAGCCAGCCGCAACCGCUGUCAGAGCUGCCGACUGCAGAAGUGUGUGACCCAGGGCAUGAGCCGGGAUGCGGUGAAGUUUGGUCGGAUGUCGAAACGUCAGCGGGAGUCUCUGCGUGCCGAGGUGGAGAGACACCAGCAGCAGCAGCAGCAUCUCCAGGCAGAGGCCCAGCCCGCCAUGCCCUACCCCAGCAAGGCAUGCUGUUUCCGGACACCCCACCUGCUCCAGGCCCCGGCUCCGGCCUACUCCUUCCCGGGAGAGCCAGAGCUGCCACCCUGCCCGACAGAUGUGCUCCCCUACCUGGUGUGCUCCCCAGGCGAGUCCCAGGCUCCAGGUCUGGCCUACCAGGGCUCCUGUGUGUCUCCUGGCAGUGGGCACUCAGAUGAAAGAGGGUUCGACUCCCGUCAGCCGUCUCCUGACCAGACGAUAGGGAUGGGAAUUAGAUCGUAUGACCCAGAAGACCCCUACUGCCCUUACCGCCCCUCCCUGCUACACAUAGAGGAGCUGUGUGACAGUAUCGUGCGGUCCCAUAGGGACACCAGUCAGUUCAGACUGGAGGAACUUCAGGCUCUGAGAUGGAAGUUGUUCAGCAGAGAGGAGAUUCAUGCCUACCAGAGCAAGUCAGUAGAUGAGAUGUGGCAGCACUGUGCCGUGAGGUUGACUGAAGCAGUACAGUACGUGGUGGAGUUCGCCAAACGCAUCCCAGGGUUCCGUGGGCUCGGACAGAACGACCAGAUCACCCUGCUCAAGACUGGUUCGAUGGAGGUGGUUCUGGUCAGAAUGAGUAGGUGUUUUAACACAGAGAACAGCACCGUCUUCUUCGAUGGGAAGUUUGCCAGCACUGAACUUUUCAAGUCUCUGGGCUGUGGUGAUCUGAUGGUGGCGGUGUUCGACUUUGCUCACAGUAUGUGUGCCCUGAGACUGACUGAGCUGCAGAUGGCUCUCUUCAGCUCACUGGUGCUCAUUAACACAGAUCGCCCCUGUCUUGAGGAUAGAGGCAGAGUACAUAGAAUGAGGAGACACUUGGAGGGAUCCCUCAGCCACAUGCUACGCAGAGACAACCAGGAGAGCCUUGAGCACAAGCUCUACCAGAAGGUGUCAGUGUUGCAGUCUCUGUGCAGUCUUCAUGUGGAGAAGCUGCACUGGUUCAGCCAGCGCUACCCGUUCACCGUCCACUCUGUCUUCCCUCCUCUAUACAAGGAGCUGUUCACCUCCGACCUGCCUUCUGUGGACUCCCUCUGAACUGCACCGUACAUGUUGACAGAUAAUUAGACAAAGAAACAUGCAUACAGCGGUAGACAGACACACACACACACACACAGACACACACAGAGACACAGACACUCAGAGACACACUGACACACAAACUUAGACACACAGAGACACAGACACAUGAGAAUGCAUUGAUAACAUGAGAUGAAAUUACUUUGAAUGCUUCACUUGUUGAAUAAAUACAUUUUUGUCAUUUCAGAGAGCAAUGAUUUGAUUUGAUGAAAUUAUUUCAGUAGCUUAUUAGUGAUUGGACAUUGAAGCGAUUUUUAUGCAAAAAAAUGUUUUAUAGAUUGUUGUUUUGUUUUUCCUUUUUGAGAGUGUUACAUUUACAUUUACAUUUUAUUUGGUCCUUGAGAUGAUGUAUGUUAUUUUGUAUGUUAUUUUGACUCAGGGUGGCUGUUGUGACUGUUGGGGUGGCUGUUGUGACUGUUGGGGUGGCUGUUGUGACUGUAUCCAGACCAGUUGCUAGCUGGCAUAAAUGACCAUAUUUAGAUGAUCACUAUGAAAUCUAAUGGGUGUUUUCUGAGUUGUUUUUAAGUGUGACUUUACAGAGUCGGCUAACCCAUCAGACUGAGUACCUGAGCUAUAGCCCAUGGGCCCCACGGUUCAGGACCCAAACACACAGUCAAGUAUAUAGCUAGUCUUCUCAAUGGACUGUGUGUGGAUCGAAUUUCACCAACAAUCCCAUCUGUCUCGAUCGAGCUUUAAAAGAGCCUGUGUGUUGCAUUAAAACAGAGUCAGAAAUCCUAGACAGGCAGAAAUGUAAAUAUGAAUAAUCUAGAACAUAAACUUGGAUGCUGGGUAAUAUUACUGUAGGCCUACAGUAUGUAGGCAUUUGAAUGACUAACUUUGGGCAUGACUGUUAUUGUAAACAGAUUUCACAAACAUUACUGGUGUGUUUCUUUAACAUUCUCUCUCUGUUAGUUUGUCUCCUAAGUGUUACCAUGGUGAUUCACAUGGGAAAGGCAUCCAAUAAACAGCUGAUAUGGUUACAAAAAUGA